AUGCCCUCCACCACCCAGAACCCACCGCCACAGCUCCAGCCCAAGAAGCAACAGCCCACCCCCCACAGCGCCGCCGACGCCGAGCGCGCCAUGAGCAGCACGGCGGCGUGGAAGCCGUCUCCCAACCGGCGGCAGAGCUGGGACAAGGAGGAGCUGAAGCACGACCUGCAGAUGAGCCGGGUGGGAAACGUCGGGGCGGGGCAGCCGGGGUUCACGGAGAAGGGGUGA